AAAUACUGGCAUCCAUGUCCGGAAUUAGGUACUAUUCCUCAACUUUCCUUAACCUCCAGCUCUUGAUCCGCCAUAGCUAUCUUCUCCGAAAUACAAUUUCCAUGGGAGAAUGAGCCAGAUCCUGAUAUCUAUAUGCAGCUAUAAUCAUCACUGCAAUGUCGUCUGAUGCCAAUGCAGAAUCAGAAAGAACCUCGAAUUCAAACGCCGCCGUCCACAAUGCGCCACUGUCCGCUGACCACAGAGACUCGGCGGCCAAGCCUCCCGUCGUGAAGCAUCUACGGAAGAUUGGUCCGAUUAGCCGACCCGUGGCUGAAGACGACGAGGAAGAUGAUGCCAAUGAUGUUGCCGACGACGGCGACGACGAUGAUGAUGAUGGUUAUGAUGAAGAGGAAGGCUGUGAAAGUGACGAUUCGUCCAUGGUUGAGCCAUCGUCUCUUGGCCUCAAUCGCAUUAGGACUCGCUCAGCUCCGUCCCCGCUCACAAUUUCAAAAACUAUUCGUAUCCCUUCGGAUUUUGGAGGCGGCAGUAAGGGAAGAGGUGGAGCCAAAUCGCGCCCUAGGUCUUCAUCCAAUGCUGAUCAAUCUGCUGAACUUUUCGUGGGACGUGGUAAAAAGGUCCACUGGAGUCAGACUAAAUCAUUGAGAGUGAUGUCACCUCGGCGUUUGGAUUCAGAGGGUUACCAUGAAGCUUUUGCCAAGGAAAUUCAAUCUCCACGGUUUCAAGCUAUACUGCGUGUGACUAGUGGUCGCAGAAGGAGAGUGCCAGACAUCAAGAGCUUCUCUCAUGAGCUCGAUUCCAAAGGAGUCCGACCUCUUCCAUUUUGGAAAUCUCGUGCAGUUGGGAGAAUGGAAGAGGUUAUGGUAAUGAUUCGGUCAAAAUUUGAUAAAUUAAAGGAAGAGGUUAACUCUGAUUUGGGAAUCUUUGCUGGAGAUCUAGUUGGAAUGCUUGAGAAGACCUCAGAACCACCCCAUCCUUAUUGGAGGGAGAGUUUGGAAGAUUUGUUGGUUGUAGCUAGGCAGUGUGCAAAGAUGUCACCUAGUGACUUCUGGUUGUGUUGUGAAGGUAUUGUUCAGAAUCUAGACGAUCGCAGACAAGAGUUACCAAUGGGUACCGUCAAACAAGCCCACACCCGCCUCUUAUUCAUACUUACUCGUUGUACUAGGCUUGUACGGUUCCAAAAGGAGAGUGGUUUUGAAGAUCAUGUUCUGUCUUCCCAUCAGCUUGGUGACCUAGGCAUCUAUCCAGAACAAGUGCUUUCCCCUGUUAUUGAAGAUUCAAGUCACCCGUUUGGGCGGAAAGAAUCGAGUGGGAGAAGGAACAAAAAAGCCCAGGGACCAGGCUAUAGCAGUUUGACAGGUAGGCAAAAUGAAACAAAUGAGAACUUUGGUGAAGAGACCACAGAGGUUAGCACUGCAAAGAGUGCUGCUGCAUCUACAGGAAGCUUUAGAAUGUCCUCUUGGAAGAAGCUUCCUACUGCACCUGAAAGAUAUCAGAAAGUCCAGGACUCUGUUGAUGCACCACCUGUUGAUAAGUCUGAUUCCUUGCUACAUAAAGAAGAAACAGACAGCACUUUGAAUCAGGAUACUCCACUUCGCCACCCUGAGCAUCCAGAGGAUCCCCCUAAAGUAAGGAGGUUAAGCUGGGGAGAUUGUGCUCAGCAUAAUAUAUCUUAUGAGGAUUCAUUUAUCUGCCGUAUAUGCGAAGUUGAAAUUCCAAUCAUUUAUGUAGAACAACAUUCAAGAAUUUGCACUAUAGCUGAUAGGUGCGACUUAAAAGGUUUGACUGUAAAUGAACGACUUGAAAGAGUUGCAGAAAUUCUUGAAAAGAUGCUUGAAUCAUGGACACCAAAAACUGUUGACAGUGGGAUGGUGAGUCAUGAGGUAGCAAGAGUCUCUGCUAUGAGCAUUGCUGAAGAAUUGGAUGUCUCGUCUACAAAGCAGAAUGGGUUGCCAUGGCAAUGCUCUCGAGACAUAGUAGGUUAUGCUCUAGAGUCUGAUGCUACUGGGAUUGAUAAUCUCAACAGUUUGUCUGGCGUGUCUAGGAAGGCCUUAUCAGCUGGGAGCUUGACACCACGGUCACCACUGCUGACUCCUCAGAAAACCCCCAUUGAGCUGCUGUUGAGUGGAUGCGGAACAAUAUCUGAACAUGAAAGUUGUCAGCAGAUAAGUAAGCUACUGGAUAUUGCUCGAUCGGUUGCCAAUGUGAACAACAAUGACUACAGUACAUUAGAAUAUUUGCUUGACCGUCUGGACGACCUGAAGUAUGUCAUUCAAGACAGGAAGGUUGAUGCUCUUGUUGUCGAGACAUUUGGGAGACGCAUCGAAAAACUAUUGCAAGAGAAAUAUGUCCUCCUCUGUGGACAGAUUGAUGAUGACAGAGUGGUUGCUUCAAAUAGCACUGCUGAUGAGGAAAGCUCAGCAGAUGAUGAUACAAUACGCAGUGUGCGUGCGAGUCCUAUUAACCUAUGCUCUAAGGAUCGGACAUCUAUUGAAGAUUUUGAGAUAAUAAAACCAAUCAGUAGGGGUGCUUUUGGGCGAGUCUUCUUGGCAAAGAAAAGAGCUACUGGUGAUUUGUUUGCAAUAAAGGUUUUGAAAAAAUCUGACUUGAUACGCAAAAAUGCUGUGGAAAGUAUCUUGGCUGAGCGUGAUAUCUUAAUUUCAGUUCGCAAUCCAUUUGUGGUCCGAUUUUUCUACUCCUUCACAUGUAGGGACAAUCUUUAUCUUGUCAUGGAGUACUUGAAUGGAGGAGAUCUUUUCUCUUUGCUGAGAAAUCUUGGCUGCUUAGAUGAAGACAUGGCUCGUGUUUAUAUUGCUGAAAUUGUUCUUGCUUUGGAGUAUCUCCAUUCCUUAAAUAUUAUUCACAGGGAUUUGAAACCGGACAAUCUAUUGAUAGGCCCGGAUGGUCACAUCAAGUUGACAGAUUUUGGGCUCUCCAAGGUUGGUCUUAUCAACAGCACUGAUGACUUGUCAGGUUCAUCAGGUUCUGCUUUGCUUGGGAAUGGUAAACUAAAAGUGCAAUCAUCGUUUAAAAGAGAAAAGCAGCAGAAGGAUUCAGUUGUUGGAACCCCUGAUUACUUGGCACCAGAGAUACUCCUCGGUGUUGGGCACGGUGCAACUGCUGACUGGUGGUCUAUAGGUGUUAUUAUUUUUGAGAUCCUUGUUGGUAUUCCACCUUUCAAUGCAGAACACCCUCAGCAAAUUUUCAACAAUAUCAUGAAUAGAGACAUACCUUGGCCGAAGGUACCAGAUGAAAUAAGCUCUGAAGCAUAUGAUUUGAUUAACAAGUUGUUGAUCGAAAGCCCUGUUCAAAGAUUAGGUGCGACGGGGGCUGGAGAGGUAAAACGGCAUCCUUUUUUUAAGGAUAUCAACUGGGAUACACUAGCAAGGCAAAAGGCUACAUUCAUACCAGCUGCUGAAUCGCAUGAUACUAGUUAUUUUAUGAGUCGUUACAUUUGGAAUCCAGAAGAUGAAGAUGUCUGCGGAGGUAGUGAUUUUGAUGGCAUGAGUGAUGCAGGCAGUGCCUCAUGCAGCAGCAGUACGUGCAGCAACGUACAGGACGAAGAGGGCGAUGAAUGUGGCAACUUGACACAGUUUGGCAAUCCAACCCUACAAGUGCAAUAUUCAUUCAGUAACUUUUCAUUCAAGAAUUUAUCGCAGCUGGCUUCCAUGAAUUAUGAUUUGGUAGUAAAGAAUGCCAAAGAAUCAGUUUCCGAAGCUAUGAAGCAGCAGCAGCCACCCAUGCCAUGACAAAUCAAGUACAGCAAUUACAUUUCUGGCGAGCAACAACUGUCUCUCUUGGAUCAUAUUUUCUCCACAAGAAUGAUCGGUCAAGAACACGAGCAGUACGUGCUGCACAGCUAAAACCUUAGGAUUUAGGAUGAAGGGGAUGCCAAAAUGGCAGUAGAAUGGAACAUAUAUACACUUGUGAUGGGUGUGUUGUAUAUAAUGGUAUUGCUGUAAGUGAAAUUUUGUUCUCUGAAUAUGAAUCCCACUCUUACAUAUGCUUUGUUUCAAACUACAUUUCUUAAUUCAUACCCAGAAUAUAUAUUAUCAGUUUCUCAGCCUCUCAAUCUCCUUGGAGCGGGGCAAGCUUCAUCCUUAAUACAUUCUUUUCAGGAAAAAA